AAUCUCUGAUACUACAGAUUAGUACCACUAAAAGCUGCAGACUAUGACAGGACUUGGUUCUUCAUGUGGAGCAUGCAAGUUUCUGAGGAGAAAAUGCACAAGUGAAUGUGUGUUUGCUCCUUACUUCUGCUAUGACCAAGCUGCAACCCAUUUUGCAGCUGUGCACAAAGUGUUUGGUGCAAGUAAUGUCUCCAAGCUUCUGCUGCACUUGCCAGUACAACAUCGAAGCGAUGCUGCUCUCACCAUGUCUUAUGAAGCACUAGCUCGGAUGCGUGAUCCGAUAUAUGGAUGUGUUUCACAAAUCUUUGCACUCCAACAGCAGGUUGCGUACUUACAGGAGGAGAUCGAAACUCUUCUACAGAACCAAAUGGUUAGCUUGGUAUCUGCAAAUUCAAGUGCUUGUGGAAGUUCUGAAGGAAAUAGUAACUCCAACACAUUCAGGGGGUUACAAGUAUUUCCAGCACAACAAUAUGACAUUGCUGUUGACAGACAAAAGUUUCAGAACCAACCAGAACCACCAAUACUACUGCCGCAAGUAGGAGUAGCAAGUACCAACCAAGGCUUUAGUAGUCAUGAUCAUCAGAUGGAUAUUCAGAUGCCUACUUUAUACGAAUGGGAAGAAGUCAAGACAUUCGGUGACCGCUCCACGCAAGACUCAUUAGAAAAGUUUCUUGAGGAUAUAGACCAAGAGAACUUGGGACAUAAUCCCUGGUUGAAUGACCCUUCCAUCGCCUGGAACUGGAAAAGAGAGUAA